AUGGGCGUCUGUGUCUACCAGAACUCCGAGGCGGCGGCAUCAGCGAUAAGGUACGGCAUCAUCAUCGAUGGGCGGUCCAUCUUCAUGCAGGAGGACACCUCCAGGGGCCAGGACGACGAGGAGUACCACGACUACAAGGACGGCGGCGGCCCCAGGGGCGGCGACGGCUACAAGGGCGGCGGCAAGGGCGGGGGCAAGAGCUGGGGCUCGGGGAAGGGCUACGAGGACCCGCCGCAGGUGGACCCCAACAGGUCCGUCUUCUUCAGGAACGUCCCCUUCGAGACCACGGAGAAGUUCCUGAGAGACAG